CAGCCUCUCCUCCUCUCUCCCUCUCAGAUGUGACUCAGUCUCGCGGCGGCAGGACGUCGACGCCCCGGGAAAAACCAGCAGAACCAGGACCAGAACCAGGACCAGGACUAGAACCAGACCCAGGAGGAGGACCAGGACCAGCUCUCUCUCUCCAUCUCUCCUCAUGACUUCCAGCUUCGCGGGUCCGAGCCGGGUCCCGGUCCCGGUGCCGGUGUCGUUGCCGGUGCCGGUCCCGGACGGCUCCCCGCUCCUGUCGGACCCGCUCCAGGCCAAGAAGAAGUUCAGCGUGAGCCACCUGCUGGACCUGGAGGAGGCCGGGGAGCUGGCGGGCCCGCAGGCCGACGAGGGAGGCGCCGAGGGCGGCCGCAGCCUGCUGGAGUCCCCGGGGCCGAGCAGCGGCUCCGACACGGCGCAGCCCGACCAUGAGCCGCUGUCGUCGGAGGAGAAGAAGAAGAGGAAGCAGCGGCGGAACCGGACCACGUUCAACAGCUCCCAGCUGCAGGCCCUGGAGCGGGUCUUCGAGAGAACCCACUACCCCGACGCCUUCGUCCGCGAGGACCUGGCCCGGCGCGUCAGCCUGACGGAGGCCAGGGUGCAGGUCUGGUUCCAGAACCGCAGGGCCAAGUUCCGCCGGAACGAGCGCGCCAUGCUAGCUAGCAAGAACGCGUCGCUGCUCAAGUCGUACUCGGGCGACGUGGCGGCGGUGGAGCAGCCCAUUGUCCCGCGACCGGCGCCGCGGCCCAAUGACUACCUGUCCUGGGGCGGCGCCGCCCCCUACAGCUGGUAUCCAAUGACAGAGGCGGGGCCACUGCGGGGGCCCCAGAAAAUGCUGCCCUCCGAGAACAACGGCCCCGUUGCCAUGGCGACCUACCCCCCCUCCUGCUCCAACAGCAACUCCUCGGGGGUCAACAUGGCGUCCAGCAUCGCCAACCUGCGGCUAAAGGCCAAAGAGUACAGUCUGAACCAGGUCCCCACCGUCAACUGAGGGCCCCGGGGCCACGGGGGGCCGAGGGGGGACCCUGGAGACCCUCAAGACCCUACAGAACCAACAGGCACCCUCCUGGACCCUUCACAACCAACAGGGACCCUCUAAGACCCUGCAAGACCACCAGGGACCCUACAGGACUACCAGGGUCUUUCCAGAACCAUCAGGGACCCUCUACGACCCUAUAGAACCACCAGGGAGUGUCCAGGACCAACAGGGACCCUCUAAGACCCUAUAGGACCACCAGGGACUCUCUCCAGGACCAUCAGGGACUGUCCUGGACCAACAGGGACCCUCUAAGACCCUGCAAGACCACCAGGGACUCUACAGGACUACCAGGGUCUUUCCAGAACCAUCAGGGACCCUCUACGACCCUAUAGAACCACCAGGGAGUGUCCAGGACCAACAGGGACCCUCUAAGACCCUACAGGACCACCAGGGACUCUCUCCAGGACCAUCAGGGACUGUCCAGGACCAACAGGGACCCUAACCCCCAAACCCCCUGAAGACCCCUCUACCCUUCAGGAACCCCAGUUGCCACUCUGGAUUCCUUGUUGCCCCCCUGGAUUUGAUGAUACGCCCCCGCUCCUCUUUUUGCCCCCCUGGAUUUGAUGUUGCCCCCCCUUGGAUACAAAGUUGCCCCUCUUCUUGCCCCCCUUUUUGGCCCCUGGAUAUUACGGUGCCCCUGGAUUUGAUAUUGCCCCCCUCCCCAGCCCCCCUGGAUUUGAUGAUACGCCCCCGCUCCUCUUUUUGCCCCCCUGGAUUUGAUAUUGCCCCCCUCCCCAGCCCCCCUGGAUUUGAUGAUACGCCCCCGCUCCUCUUUUUGCCCCCCUGGAUUUGAUAUUGCCCCCCUCCCCAGCCCCCCUGGAUGCGACGUUUCCCCUCUUGUUGCCCCUCCUGUUGCCCCCCUGGAUUUGACACCGUCCCCCUUGUUGCCCCCCUGGAUUUCAUAUUGCCCCCCCUCCCCCGCCCCCCCGGAUACGACGUUGCCCCUCUUGUUGCCUCCUUGGAUUGGACGUUGCCCCCCCCUUGCCCCCCCAGAUUCGACGUUGCCCCUCUUGUUGCCCCUCCUGUUGCCUCUGGAUUUAACGCCAUCCCCCUUGUUGCCCCUCCUGUUGCCCCUGGAUGUGACGCUGUUCCCCUUGUUGCCCCCCUUUUUGCCCCCCUGGAUUUAACGCUGCCCCCCCGUUGCCCCCGCGUUGCCCCUCCUGUUGCCCCUGGAUAUGACGCUGCCCCCCUUGUUGCCCCACUGGAUUUGAAAUUGCCCCCCCACCCUUCAGAUCCUCCUUCUACUUCUUCUCUUGGACCAAAGGAAAGGCUCUUGCCGGAUAUUACCCAGAAUUCCUCCAUAUUACCCAGAAUGCCUCAGUAUUACUCGCUGUAUCAAAAUGUACCGACUUAUGAAUAAAGACUUUGGAAGCAGGCCGCUCUCACCAGACUCCAUUCAAAAAGUCACUCAUUUAACGUUCAGCCUCACUUGAUCCCCUUCAAAAUAAAAGCCACCCUUCUUUCAACACGGGAUUAUGAAUAAGUCACAGCUUUCAUUCAAUUCGUAUUUCACAGCAAACUUUCACAAUUCACAUUUUGUGAGUUUUCAUCGAUUCUGAAAUCGUUAGCAAUCAAGCUAGCCUUUAAAUGAACCAGACUCUGUUUAAAAAUUGUCCGAUUCAAAGAUUUUUCUCAAACGUGUGCUUCGUAAAAAAUGAUUUCUACAUUUCAAAAAGUUACUUUAAAGACGUCACUACUUUGUUCUGUUAAUCUAAAAAAAAAUUACCCUCUGAAAUGUAAUUUUCUUUUAUGUGUUUUUGCCAAUUUUAUGAUCCUGAAAUGUGUUUUAACCAUGUGAAGCUGUUGACCAGACUCCAUUCCAAAAGUCUUCAGUUUUAUGGUUUUACUCAAAAUUACCACAAAAACUCAAAAUAGUCUAAUUUUUGUUGUCAUUCUGAUAUUUUAACAUAUUUCUAUUAAUCUGUCACAGAAGUUUAACAUCUCAGAUUCAAAUGUGAUGUUUUUUUGCCAAUGUUUAGAUGUUGGUUUUUAACAAACCAGA